AACGCUCUUGUCCAGCUUUGAUAUUCAUUUCCUGAUUUGUCGUUUGGGUUUCCGUAGUCAAAUCGUUUUGUCGACGAAUCGUUUCGUAGCGGAUUCGCCAAUCGGUCACUAUGGUGAAGCACAAGGCGUCGACGAGCCGCCUCACAAAGAUCGAGACGCGCAAAAAGGCGAAGCGCGAGAAGCGCAACAUCCGCGACCGCCGCCGCCGCGCGAUCUCCGCCGCAGUUGCCGCCGCAAGUCUCGGCGCGGAGGCCGAGGAUCUGCUCCUGCCAUCGAAGCAGCAGCAGCAGCAGGGACGCGCGUCUCCCGCGAAAACCGGCCGGGAAGUUUCUAGGAAACCGCGGAAAACGAAGCCGAAAGGGCUCCAGAUCUACUGGCAUCUCGCCUCCGUGAGACGCGGGCCGCGAGAGACGGCGGCGGUUGCGCUGGUGUCGGAAUUAACGAACGCGCAAAAGACGUAUUUGCGCGCGCAAGGCGGGGGAAGGAAGGGCGGAGGGAAGAAGGAAAGGGGAACGGCGCAAGCUGGAAGCGGAAAUGGCGCGAUGAGGGGUUCAGGGUUUAAGGAGGGGAAAGGGGUUAAUGCUGGUGAUGGGAGCUCGGAUGAGGAAGAGGAGGAGAGUGAGGAGGAAGAGGCGAGUGAGGAGGAGUCAGAGGAGGAGGAGUCAGAGGAGGAGGAGGAGAGUGGAGAAGAGGACGAAGAGGAGGAGGAAAUGGGAGAGGAGGAGGAGGAGGAAGAGGAGCGCGAAGAGGCGAAGGGAGUUUUGCAGCUGGAGGGGUGCUGCGAGGAGAUUAACUACGCCGUCAAGCGGCUAAUCAGAGGCCUCGAGUCGUCUCGCGGGGGCGCAAGGCAGGGUUUCUCCGUCGCUCUCGCUGCCUGCCUGCGCGCACUGCCCGCGCUGCACCCUCUGCUGCCCUCCAUCGCUGCUGCCAUUCCUCUGCUCAUCCCUCUCCCUACCAACGCCCGAGGAAAGGAUGGGUCCGAAGCUCUCUUCGGCCGCAUGUUUGCCCUCGGUGCGCUCGUAAGGAGCGGGCUGCUGUCAUCCCCCCUAUAUGCAACGGAAAAUACGGAAGAAGAAGCUUCCAGGAAGGCGCCUGGAGGGUUUAAGAAGGAGAGCGGAGGGGAACCGGGGUGGCUGGUUGGCAGGGGCGGGUGGCUACCGGGGGAGGUGGCAUCUCAGCUGCUGAGGAUUGGAGCGCAACGGUCCUUCCUAGCUGAGCCUUGUACCGUGCUGCUGGUGGCUCUUGUCUCCCAGCUGCCCUCCUCCUCCCUCCCCCGCAUCCUCGCCCUGCCUGCGGUUUCCUCGCUCCUCGCCCCACCCUGCUCCGAGGCUCGGCCGCACGCCCUUCUCUUAGCCCUCAAGCUGUGGCAGCUGGGGGAGGGAGGAGAGGAGGGAGGAGGGAAGGAAGGAGGAAAGGAAGGAGAGAAAGAAGGGGAGGAAGGAGGGGAGGUAGGAGAAAGGGGAGCAGGAAAGAAAUCUUUGAGAAAGGGAGCUAAGGUACAGAAGAUUGCCAGUGGAGCAGGAGAGGAAACGGGCAGCGGUGAAACUUUUGUGGGCACUCUGCUGGCGCUCUGCCCACUGCUGCCCGAGUCCGGCCGGUCAGAAGAUUUUUUCGCUGCUGCCCAUCUGGAAAAUCUGCUGCCCGUGCUGCAGCAUAGUUCUUCGUCCCACCCGCGCCUGCAUGCGGUUUGGGCUCUGCUGCUGGACCGCCUCUUCUCACUCCCCCUCCCCUCCUCCUCCCCUCUCUCCUCCUCCUCUCUCCCACUUCCUGCUUUCCCCUCCUCCCUCCUCCCCUCCUCCCCUCUCUCGACCUUUUGGUCUAUAAUAGUCGACAGGGGUUUAAUCCCCACCUCGCACGAGCGGAGGUAUUUGGCUCUUAAUCUCCUGCUGCUUCUUAUUCCGCGCCUCCCCCCCACCACCACCGCCCACAUCAUCCUCUCUCGGCCAAUCACGCGCUGCCUGGUGGACGCGCUAGGGGCGGGGAAGAGGGCGCACCUGUUUGCGCUGAGUCAGCGUUGCGUCACGCUGAUUCAGCGAUGGCCCACGCUGGUGGAUGGGGGGGGAGGGGAGGAGGGAGAGGAGGGGGAGGAGGAGGGAGAUGCUAAUGAAGGGAAAAGGGAGAAGAAUCCCUAUGCUAUUUCUGGAAAGGGCACAGCCAGUAAAGAAAUGGCAUCCAAGGGAACAGCAGCAGCAGCAGCAGCAGCAGCAGCACUCGAAUCAACGGCAGCUAGGCUAGCCAUUCUAAUCACCCUGCAGAGGCACUCCCGGGGGCAAUUCGACAUUGCAACGCGGACCAACGCGGUGCGAGUGCUGGCUUCGGGGAUUGAGGGAGCAGAGGGGGAGAGAGCUUACUCUGAUUUUUUGCAGGCUGUGUUUGCCCGGCCGCUUGAGUUCACGGGAGAGGGAGAGGAGAUAGGGGCGGAGGGAGGGGGAGAAGGGAGAGGAGGGAGAGGAGGGAGGGGAGGGAAGAGGGGUAAGGGGGGUAGAGGAGGAGGGGGUGGGAGUGGCGAAGGAACUGGAGGAGGAGACGGAGGAGGAGGAGCAGGGGAGAGGGCGUGGGAUGCAGAGGCGGAGGCGGAGAGAUGGAGGUUCUGGGCUUUAGACCAGUUGUGUAAGCUGGCUGCUAAGCCCGUUCCGAAACCGGUGCUCCUGAGCCUCAAGAAGAGGAAAAGUGCCACCGCCCCGAAAGCUGCUAAAGCUGCUGCUGCUGCUGCUGCUGCUGCUGCUGCUGCUGCUGCUGGUAAAACGCCUGCAGAAGUAGCUGCGGCAGGGGGGGUUAAGGAGGGGGGUGGGGAGGUGCAAAUUGGGAAAGGGGGGGAAGGGGAGGGAGCGGUGGGAGUGGGAGUUGGGGAGGAGGAGAGGAGGAGGGAGGCAGAGGAGGCGGUUAAGGGAGUGUGGGAGUAUGUGACUCUAAGGAAGGAGAUUCUAGGGUUUAUAAAGCAGGCUGCACUUGGGGGAGGUGUUAUUCAGGGUGAAAAGGGUGCGAGUGGUGGGAGUUUGGCAGGAGGGGGCAAAACUGGGGAGGAGACUCCCGAAAUGGGAAAGAAAGGGAAGAAGAGGGGCAAGGAGAGGAAGGAGGGGCAGGAGGGGCAAGCGUCAGAGGGUUCAGGGUUUAGGGCUCAUCCUUUGUCUUUCUCUCCUGCUGUGUCCCCCCGGGUUCUCUCUGCGUGCCGGUCCCGGUUCUUAUCCUCGUUAGAAGCGCUUCUGAAGCACCUGGAGUACUUCGUUAAGAGCCCUGAGGGGAGAGAGGUGGAGAAGACGUUAGCGGCGGGGAGAGAAGCGAAGGAGGAGGGGGAGUCAAAGGAGGGAAGGAAGGGGAAAGAGGGGAAGGAAGGGGGGGAUGGUAGUAGGUUUGUUCCUGUAGGGAGUGUGAGUGUGAGUGUAAAGGAGGCUGGGCUGUGGGUGGUGGGUUUUCUAGUGACAGAAGCUGAAGGGUUUGCAGAGGGGAGAGGCAUGAGUGGGGGGAAGCAGGAGAGCAAAGAGGAGGAGGGGGAGGGGGAGGGAGAGGGAAGAGAUGUGGAAGCAGUUAUUGGGGAUCUUAAAGCCACACUUAAGCUGGCUGCUACUAGUUCCGCCGUCACACGGCUCUCAGCUGCAAGUGUUGGCGGUCUGAAGGGCAAUGUGCCUCUGUUGAACCGGCUGGACGACCGCAGAAGGGCUGUGGGUUCCCUCCUGGGGACGCUCCUGCUCUGCCUUCGCAUCCAAACCUCCGCCGAAGCUGCUGCCGAAGCUGCUGCCGAGGCUGUUGCCGGAGCUGUUGCAGAUGGUGGGGUGAAGAAGGGAGGCAAGGACGAGAAGGAAGGAGGUGGGGAUGAGGAUGAGGAGGAUGAGGAGGGGGGUACUACUGCUGGUGCUGCUGCUGGUGCUGGGGGUACUGUAGCUGGGGGUGGUGACGUGGAUGUGCUGCUUGAGGCUGCUGCUGACGUCACUGCCAUCGCGCGCCAGCUGGCGGCCUCUGGUUGGGUGAUCGAGAAGGGGGCGAAGGUGGGUGGCGAGACGAGGGCGAAUGGGAGUGUGAAGGGGAGAGGAGGAAAGAGGGUGGUGAAUGGUGAGGAGGAGAGCGAGGAGGAGAGGGAGGAGGGGAGUGAGGAGGAAGAGGAAGAGGAGGAGGAGAAGGACAUAAUGAUUUCACUGGUUGACGUGGUGCUAUCGCUGUUGGCUCAAGAAUCCUCGCUGCUUAGAGGGGCGGCGGAGGGCGUUUUCAGCGCCUUCUGUAACGAUCUGACUGCCGAGGCGCUGGAGAUUAUAAUGCAGGUGAUUGUAACGAAUCCGAGGAGCAAGAAGAGGGAGGAGGUGCUGGAGGAGGAAGAGGAGGAAGAGGAGGAAGAAGAUGAGGAGGAGGAGGAAGAGGAAGAGGAGGGGGAGGAAGAUGGAGAGGAGGGAUCGGAGGAGGAGGAGCAGGAAGGGGGGAGCGACGAAGGAGACAGUGCAGAGGAGGACGAAGAGGAGGAAGAGGAGGAGGAGGGGGAGGAGGAGGAGGGAAGUGCAAAUGGUGCUAAGAACCUGGAGGGAAGCGACAGCAGCGACGAAGAGCUGAUGGACGACGAUGCCAUGUUCCGCAUCGACCAGCAUCUGGCCGACAUCGUUCGGCAGAAGGUGGAGGCGGAGACCCGCCGCAAGCGCCGCCAGAGCAUCCUUCUCGGAGAGCACUUCCGCCUGCGCGCCCUCGCCCUCCUGGACUCGUGGCUCCAAGCGGCAGGUUCCUCGGACCGACUGCCUGUCUCGUGCGACCCGCUGGUGUUUGCCGUGGUGCCGCGGCUGCUGAAAGCAGCAGCAGGGAAUUACGCCACGCGGGGGAGUCUGAAGGGCGGGAAGGGGGGGAAGGGGGGAGGAGAGAAGGGGGAAGUAGGGAAGGGGGGUGCUGCUGCUGCUGGUGCUGGUGCUGGUGGUGAGAAGAAGAAAGAGGAGGAGGUGGAAGAGGAGGAAGAGGAGGAGAUGAGGAGGGGAGCAAGGGAGAGGCAGCAGGAGCGGCAGCAGGAUCACGAGGACGAAACAAUCCUCCUUGCGGCCCGGGCAGCAAUGCAGGAAUGCUUUGCGGAAGCCACGCGGCGAACCUCCAUCCGCCACCUGGCGCUCGUCGCGGGAGACUGCGCCAUGUGGCUCGUCCACGUCAUCCAGGCGCGGCUCUUAGCUAAGUCCCAGCGGGAAGCAGCUAAACUGCAGCGGGAAGAAAAAUCCAAGUUUCAGCACGGGGACGGGAAUUCAAACCUUCCAAAGCCAGGAAGACAGGCCAAUGCUUUCAAGGCGGCAGCCAUUGACCUGGCAGUAAUAGAUGCCUUUUCUUCGGCCAUUUCUCGCGUCCUCGACUCCCGCGACUGCCCCCUUCCAAUCACUUUUAUCCGCGACACUCUCACCCGCUUCCCGGGGAUUUUUUCUGCCCUGAUUCCAUACUUCUUCAAGAAGUGUGGCAAGGGCAGGUCGGAGUACGUCCGGGCAGCUGCGAUGAAACUUGUCUCGCCGUUUUUAAACCGUUUUCCGCUGCCCGAGGGGGCCGCUGAGGCGCUGUCCGGGCAGGUGGAAAAGGGGGUGGUGGGGGAAUUGUUGAUUGGAGCAAUCAGGCAUAGGUAUGGGAAAUUGGAGCGGUGGGAGUUAGGUAUGGAGUUCUGCUGCGCUCUGCUGCGUGCCAUAGGGCAUGCAGAGGAAACCCUUCGCAAGUCGGGCGGAAAUACCCGCCAGGUUGCAGACGGAUCCAAUCCCAAGGGGAACGAAAAUGAAAAUGAAAAUGAAAAUGAGGAGAAGGGAAAUGAGAAGAAGGGUUUGCUUCUGCCGGCUCUAGACUUGGAUGCACUGAAAGCAGCAACUGCUGACCCGGCUUCGGGACAGAAGGUGCGAGGGAAGGGGAGGACGGGGCAGCUGAUUACUCAGCUGCAGCGGCUGGUGCAGGCUGUAGAGGUGGAGGAGGGGCAAGGGCUUAGUGGAGCAGGCGGCAAGCAGGAGAGGAAAGAGAAGCAGGAGGAGCAAGAGGAGCAGCAGGAGAAGAGGAUAAAGAGGCAGAAGAACGAGAAGCAGGGGGGGGAGCAGGAGGAGGGGAAGAAGAGAAAGAAGCAGAGGAAAAGCAGAGGGGAGCAGGAGUAAGGGGACGGCAGGAAGAGAAGGAUGCUGAAGCAAUGCGGAGUAGGAGUGAUGCAUGGUUGGCAGGAAGAGGAAGAAGCAGGAGAAGAGGUUGGCUGUGUGUGAUGCAUGGUAACUGCAGUGCUGGUAACUGCAGUGCUGGUAACUGCAGUGCGAGUAACUGCAUUCCUUGUAACUCAGUGCUGGUAACCAUGGUGUGUGUGUGUGUCAUGCCAAGGGGUGGGUUGUGAGAAACCGUUUGAAACCAAGUCAAGCUGUUUGGAAAAAUUUGGCAACAUGUAUGCGGCUAUGUGAGCCUAAGCUAGAACUGUGCUUGCUUUGUUACUUGUUACUGGCCUGGAUUGUUUUGGCAGGAAUUCAGACAGGACCUCUUUUAAUCAGGGAUCUGCUGUGCUGUUUGGAAAUUGAUGCAGCUUGCUCUUAUAUAUUAUUAUGGUAAGGAGGAACCUUUU